UGUCCUUCUGUGAGAAGUUCAUUUGGUACUCAUUCAUUCCAAAGCGGGCGAAGAGAAGUGCGUACACCCCGCAGUCGUUCCCCCCUACUUGGCGCGGCACAUUAUAUUCCUCUUUUCUGGUCCAGGAUUCAAAGGGCCCAAUGUCGACACCGCAUUGUUCAGACGCGAGUAUCAUUAUAUUUCUUAAUUGUUUAAUUUAUUUAAAUUUAUUCCAAAAAAUAUUUUUUCAUUAUCUCCCCCUCUUAAUUUUCUCGGUACUUUAUUAAUAUCCUGCCCACACCCCUAUUUGAGUCUUAGAUUAAUUUCCCCUUUUUUUUGUCUCGGAAUGUCAACUUUCCUUUUUUAUGAAUGUUAAUUUUUGGUGUUAGUCCUAUUUUUGCUGUUGCCGUCUAUUUUUUUCUUCCUAAUAAAUUUGCUAUUACUUAAAUGUUUGAGGGCUGUCAGCAAAAGGAAAAUUAAUUGUGACUCAAAUAAGGAUGGAGGCGGAAUAUGAACAAAGUACCAUUUUCUCUAUUGAUAUCUUAAAAAAUUACAGAACGUCAUCCAUAAAUUUUUCUUUCGCCUGGCUUGUUUUGCCUUUACUCAGUGAAUUCAUUAUAAUAAUUGUCCUCUUAUUCAUAUCAACAAUUGCCAUAGCCCAAUGGUUAUUGCUGAGAUUGCAGGGUGCUAGGACCUUUUGCACACCUUUGACUUGCCAAUACCACUCAGAGCUUAUGCCUUUACCAUUCACAUAUUUUUGUUACAAUAUGUAGGCAGGUACAACACAAUAUGGUUGGGCUUAUGAAAGUCCUUUCGCUCGGAUGCAGAUCCACGGCAUAAAUCUGUACCGUUUUUCUGCCACGGGACAUUGUACUCUUCUUUUAAGCUAUUGUUAAAACUCUUCUUUUAAGCUAUGGUUAAAAUAAUUUCAAAAAUAAAAAUAAAAAUUUCAAUAAAAAAACAAAUUUUUUAUAAAAGUACAAGAAAAGGUAUUUUUUGGUAAUGGUAAUUAACUUUUUGAGCUGUUUGUUUGUUUCUUUUUUUCUUUGUUUGUUUGUUUUGAUUAUUGAUUUUUUUAUUUAUUUUUGCGG